AUGCUGCUUGGUUUAGUUGGUCAAGAACUUCUUCAUGUAGACUUAGAUCUUGGAUGCAUACGUGUAUAUGAAUCGCUAAAUAUGACAACCGUCAUGGUGACAUUCGGGCUGAUGAAACGGAAGAAUCAUCCUGGUAUGACUGCCAUGGCCGAUGAUGAGAGUGAUGACGGUACUCAUGACAAACCUGAGGUUAUGCUUGAUAAAUCUAAUUGUGAUCGUUUGUUAUUGGUUCAGGAAAUUCGGAUAAAGGCUGGUUUUAAGCCUCCUGAAUGCGAGUGA